AUGUGACGAGCUGUGUUAGGUCUUAAAAUUCAAGUGGAGACACAUUAAUUUUUGAACUUGAAAGAGACUUUGAGUGCUCAUGAAUCAAGAUGUGUACAAUCAAUCACUAGUCAAAGCGGAAAUCGAAACCCCAAUAUGAAAUAAGCCUGUAGAAAACAAUGGAGAAUUGCACAAUUACCUUACCAUACCAUACGCAUAUUAUAAUGGACUACAGUUUGCAGCUACUCUUAGUCUUAUAGAUUCUGCGGUCGGCGUAGUGGUUUUUAAAUUUUUUUCAACCACAAACUCUUUUUUAACAAUAUUCUGUGCAGAAACCUAAAGUCUACAUGUUUACAAACUUCAAAAGCGUUUAGGAUAAAGCAUCUUAGCGAUCAGUGGCAGGUAAGCAUGACAACAACAAUAAUGCUGACAUAAAUCAUAGUUAUCAAAAUGGUGCAAAAUUGCCCAGUAAAUGGGCUCUGACGGAGUAAACCAAACUGACUCUGCCCUAUUGCAUUGAACUUCUUGAAUAUGAUCUGCUGAGAAGUUACCUAAACAGAGACAGAGACAGAGACAGGUGAAACAUGCUGCCAGAGAAGUCCCGUGUUUUACCGUAACGCGCUUACUUUCUCAUGUAAGAAGAACGACUUGACCAGAGUGAUUGAAACCUUGUCCUAAUCCAAUUCCCCGUUCAGACGAAUCCAGUUAUUGAACACACUUAAAUCACUGUCCACAUACGUUCAAAUUAGCGUGUUUGAUCUGCUCACAGAAGCUUCUCCCUGAAAAGAGAAACGCAAUCGAUUUACAGUCUCCUGUGUGUUCGUUCCUCUAGCACCAUGUUUCAAACCGCAUGGAAACUGGUAUUCCUCUCUUUCCUCCUCCUCUGUAUUGCUGGUAAAGUCCAAGGACAAAAUGGAACAUCCAAUAUUACAGGCUACAGCUGCUCUGAUGGCCCAGCACCAUGUCAUACAUAUGCUUUUUAUAAAGCCCAACCUAAUUACACUGAUCUGGCGGAUAUCGCUAAUUUAUUCAGUACUCAAACUUUCAAUAUAACAACAGCCAAUGAUUUGCCUGGUGAUACUGUUUCUGUAGCUAAAGGGCACGCUUUGCUUAUUCCCAUUACAUGUGAUUGCAUGGGAAGUUAUUCUCAGGCCAACAUAAGCUACCAGAUACUGGCUGGAGAUACUUUUUGGAAGGUUUCAACACUGAAUUUUGAGUAUUUGACCACAUAUCAGGCUGUAGAGAUUGCAAAUCCUACUUUAGUACCAGAAAAUCUCACUAUUGAUACUAUAGUUGUCUUCCCGAUUAGGUGUCAGUGUCCGUCCAAAGCCCAAAUCAGUAAAGGGAUCAAAAUGCAGAUAACAUAUGUUGUACAGAAAGCAGAUACUUCGGACUCCGUCAGUAAAAAAUUUGGUGCAGAUCUCGCUGAUUUGAAGUCUCAGAAUGGUAUAACUUCAAAAUUAAUUCCUAAUGAUACACUCCUGGUUCCUGUUUCUGCAAAGCCAACAUUAGCUCAAUCUCCUACCCCUGCACCAUCUCCAUCUUCAAAUACAAAUAAUAGUUCUCCUGUUCCUGAGAGUUCUUCAAGCGGGGGAUCAAAUAAUGGCGUUGUUAUUGGGGCUUCCAUAGGCGGGGCCGUGGCGCUUUUGGUAAUACUUGUAUUGGUUUUUUGGGUUCUGAGAAAGAGGAGGCACUCAUAUGGAUUAACAAGAACUUCGGAAGAUCCAAAAAGGUCUUCAGAUCUGAGAGUGGGGUCUUUUGAAAGAAAAAAGACUCGGCAUGAUGAGCUUUUGGCUGAUGUUACAAGUACCAUAGGCAAGCCUCACAUAUUUUCUGCUGAGAAUAUACAGAAAGCAACUCAGAAUUUUAGCCCCCUCUGCAACAUAGAGGGCUCUGUUUACAAAGGUAUUUUAGAUGGUAAGGUUUAUGCCAUAAAACAGAUGAAGGGAGAAGUUUCUGAAGAGUUGAAGAUUUUGCAGAAGGUCAAUCAUAGUAAUUUGGUGAGACUAGAAGGAUUUUGUAUCAGUUCAGAGGGUCAAUCUUGCUUAGUUUAUGAGUAUGCAGAGAAUGGUUCUCUCAAUUGCUGGCUCCAUGAUCCUGAAUCCAUUCCGAAGCAGGCUGCUUCUACUUUGAGCUCUACAUCUCUUUCAUGGAAGAUCAGAUUGCAAAUUGCCUUGGAUAUUGCUAAUGGGCUUCAAUACAUUCACGAGCAUACAACCCCUAGUGUUGUGCACAAGGAUGUGAAAAGUAGCAAUAUUCUCUUGGAUGGAAAUUUUAGGGCUAAAAUUGCGAAUUUUGGAAUGGCGAAAUCAGGGAUAAAUGUUCUCACAAGACACAUAGUAGGCACACAGGGGUACAUGGCUCCAGAAUACCUUGCUGAUGGACUGGUGACCCCCAAGCUUGAUGUGUUUGCAUUUGGAGUGGUGCUACUAGAGCUGAUUUCUGGAAAAGAAGCCAUAGUGCGUGAAGGGGGAGUUCCAUUAGCAGGGAAGGCAGGUCUUCUUUGGACCCAAAUAAAACCUCUUAUGGAAGGAGAACACAGAGAAGUGGAACUGAAAAAGUGGAUUGAUCCAAAUCUUACAGGUGUUUGUCCUGAUGAUAGUGUUCUUUGCCUUGCAAUGAUAGCCAAAGCCUGCGUCGACGACGAUCCUGGAGCACGACCAAGCCUUCCAGAAAUAGUUUACAAGCUUUCAAAAGCGUUGGAGGCACUUAUGGAACAUUCCGAUGAAAGUUUUGAGGCUCCGAUUCAAGUUAUUGCAAGGUGAUUCUCCAUGUUUUGCUGUAUCCCCUCUUGACUUGAUUCUCAUCAGAGUAUUUUGUUCAUCCAAAUCAUAAGGUCCAUAAUUCGUCUGCUUUAUAUUCUGGUAUUAUACCCUGACUGUUGAGAACAACAAAGGAGGAUGGAGUGGCUCAUCUUCGAAACAGAUUUUCCCUAAAUAACUGCAUGUUUAUAGGUACUUUGCAGGUCCUACAGAAAUCUCAAACUAUGAUUAGUAUUUGUAGUCUUAUAACUCCGAACGGAUAUGUUUUCAUUUAUCAGGAAUUGUUGUAUAAAUUUUCAAGCAUUAAAUGAUAUAGCUAAGUAUUCUACUGUGGUUA